AAUUUUUCAGUACGCAGGCGCAGAACGCUCAUCGCGUUCUCUUCCCUUUCCUUAGGGCUUCUGUGUGGCUGACGCGUCACAUUCUACCUCAACGCGACCGAACACGAACAAGACUGAGAGGGCUUCUGGUUUAGUUGGGAGAAGCGGCGAGAGAGUCAGGGGUUGAAGAGGGCCGCCGACGCGCCUGCUUCAAGCCUGUCCUGUGAGAAGGCCCUCCUCGGCUUGGCCCUGUCUCGUAACCAACAGCAACGGCCACCGAGAGGAUGCGUCGCCACCCCCUGGCCCGAAGAAGUGCACGGAGGAGACGAUGAAGGAGGUGCUGCCCCGUCGGCUUCUGAUACUGGCGGCCUCCUCCCUCCUCGGUUGCUUGCUUGGAUUUCCCAGCUGGCAUGUCUUUUGUAAAGAGAGUCCUGUAUCUGUAUCUUUGCAUUUACCAAAUGAGAACUCUCCCUUGUCAAAUGUGGAUGAGAACAUCCAGGAAAAGGAAGACACUGAUGGAUCACUUAGAACAUUGCCUUUGCAAAAUAUUGAUUCCACUACAAAUAUUUAUUCUGACGAUGAUUCAGCUGACUCUAUAAAGCAAAAAGAGAACAUGGAAAAAGAGGACUUAAAGAAAUCUGAAAUUCAGGAACAAUCUUCAAUUAAUUCAAAUGAAGCUUCUUUCAUCAUAACUAAUACUCCUGAAAAUAUGUUCAGCCUACCUACUCCUGAGAUCUCACCAGACUCUCAGUCCAGUACAAUAGAAAAUUCUAGUGCUGAUAUCCUUGUAGUUAGCACUACUGAAGUUGAGCAGUCAGAAUCUGACUGUGAUAUAAAUGGAGCACUUGAAGCUGAUUCUCAGAGUGAGCCUUCUUCGCUUGUUACUUCCCCAGAGGGCCUUGUAGGUCAGCAUACAGAAAAUAUUUCUUCACAAAGGAAAGGGAAGUUGACAAAAUCGGAAUUUGAUCCCAAAAUUUCUGCAAGUGAGCAAAAAACAGCUGCGAAGUCUGCUUUGAAUGCUUCGGGUAACAUAAGAGCAGAGAGAAAAGCAGGAGAAAUUGAGCCUACUUCUGUAAUAACUCCAAAGGACCCAGGAGAUAUUCCCACAUUUGAUGAAUGGAAGAAGCAGGUUAUGCAAGUGGAAAAAGAAAAGAGUCAAUCGAUGCAUCCUUCUUCCAAUGGAGGUCAACAUCUUACAAAAAAAGUCCAAAAAAAUAGAAAUAAUUAUGCUUCAGUUGAGUGUGGUGCCAAAAUACUGGCAGCUAACCCAGAAGCAAAGAGUACAUCAGCAAUAUUAAUGGAAAAUAUGGACCUCUAUAUGCUAAAUCCAUGCAGUACUAAAAUCUGGUUUGUUGUUGAAUUGUGUGAACCCAUUCAAGUAAAACAGCUGGAUAUUGCUAAUCAUGAAUUAUUCUCAUCCACUCCUAAGGAUUUUCUGGUGUCUAUCAGUGACAGGUAUCCAACAAAUAAGUGGGUCAAGCUAGGCACUUUUCAUGCCAGAGAUGAAAGAAAUGUCCAGAGUUUUCCUCUGGAUGAACAAAUGUAUGCCAAAUAUGUAAAGAUGUUCAUCAAGUAUAUAAAGGUGGAGUUGGUAUCGCAUUUUGGAUCAGAACAUUUCUGUCCUUUAAGCCUUAUAAGGGUGUUUGGAACUAGCAUGGUUGAAGAAUAUGAAGAAAUUGCUGAUUCACAAUAUCAUUCUGAAAAACAAGAACUGAUUGAUGAAGAUUAUGAUUAUCCUUUAGACUAUGAUGUAAGAGAAGAAAAAUCUUCAAAAAACCUACUUGGUUCUGCCACAAAUGCCAUUUUAAAUAUGGUGAAUAUUGCUGCUAAUAUACUUGGAGCAAAAACUGAAGAGGACACUGCAGAACAAGGAAACAAUGUUUCUGAAAACACAACUCCCACUUCCAGAGAAACAUCCAAUCUACCAGAACCAACCACUGUUCCUUCUUUAGAACUUGUUUCUCCAGAAAUACCAGCGACUGAAAAUGAGAUGUUAGUUUUGGAAAUUACAGGAGAGAGACCAAUUGUUCAGCUUGUUCAUGAAUAUGAAGAAGAAGUCAGUCAGUCCACCGUGACCCUGCUGCCAAGUGAUGAACAAGAAGAGGAAGUAUCAUGGUUUGAGCAUGAAACACAGAUCUAUUGUUACAAUCUGACUGCUGCUUGUUGUAUUUCUCGUUUUUCAGAGUAUGUAUUCAAAUGGUGUUCAGCAAUAGCAGUUCUCCAUCCUCCCUGCAAUAAAACUGAUAGCAUUUUGGAAAAACAUAAUUCUGCUACUGUUUCACAAAUACAACUAGUUCCAACCAAAUCAUUGCAUACUUUGGUGCAUGAGCAAUCUUCAGAAAAACCAGAUGCCUUAAUUAUAGACUUAUCUGAAAUGGCAGUAGGUGUUCUAAGCAGUGUAUUAAAUGAGGCUACAAUUAAUCAGACUGAAGUUACUUUUGAACUGGAGCCUAGUCAUCCACAGACUGUAUCACAAUCCAUCCUCUUAGAUGUUACAACAGGAACCAGAUCACCAUCUAUAGUAGAGGUGUCCUCUGAGCCUACAAAAUAUGAAAAUGUAUCUGAAAAUCCAGAGAUCCUUUCCCAAGAGGAAAUCCUUGCUGAAGAAAACAGACUUGUAGUAUCUGUUACAGACAAACCUCCUACACCAAGUAUUAUAACUGAAUUCAAGGUGUUGAACACAGAAGAAAAAACCUCGAUGGAAACUACUUCAAAGCCAACAGAAAUUGUUUUACAGUCCGAAUGUACAGUAGCCAUAGAAAGCUAUGGUGUGGAAACAAAAGUUAGUUCUUCGGAAACAGAAAAGCAAGAAGUGUCACUUGUGGAAUCAUCUUCUUUGGAAAUAAAAGAUGAUGAGCAGACUACUGAGGAAACAUUUCUUGCAAUUUCAGUUUCUGGUGGGUUGCCAAGAACUGCCACAGACUUUUAUGCUGAACUACAGAAUUCCACAGAUUUAGGCUACACAAAUGGGAAUCUUGUUCAUGGGUCAAAUCAAAAAGAAUCUGUGUUUAUGAGACUCAAUAAUCGCAUAAAAGCUCUGGAAGUAAAUAUGUCUCUGAGUAGCCGCUAUUUAGAAGAACUAAGUCAGAGGUAUCGAAAGCAAAUGGAAGAAAUGCAGAAAGCUUUUAAUAAGACAAUAAUAAAACUUCAGAACACUUCAUGCAUAGCAGAACAGCAGGAUUUGAAACAGACAGAGGCCAUCCAGCUUCUACAGGCUCAACUAACAAAUAUGACAUUCAUUGUUUCCAAUUUAUCAUCAACAGUAGCUGAACUAAAAAGAAAGGUUUCAGAUCACCAGAGUUACCUUGUGAUUUCUUUGCUAUUCUGUGCCAUUCUAGUUUUCAUAUUUUUUCUGCAACGUUGCAAACACAGACCAGAAUUGAAUAAUGAUUACUUUUCAAAGGUUCUCAAAAGUAAUCACUGUCCUAGUCCUAAAAGGUGUAUUUCUUCCUAUGAUGAUAUGAAUGCGAAAAGAAGAACCUCCUUUCCACUCACUAGGUCUCAUUCUUUUCAGCUAAAUAGCAAAGAAGUGAACCCAGAUGACUUCUACAUUGUAGAACCAUUGAAGUUUUCCCCAGAAAAAAAGAAGAAGCGUUGCAAAUAUAAAAAUGAGAAAAUUGAAACAGUCAAGCCAAUAGCUGAAACAAAUCAUUACGUAGCUAAUGGAGAAAUAAAAAACAAGAAGACUUUUACCAAUCAGAGAGACUUCUCUAAUAUUGGUGAUGUAUAUCAUUCUUUGUAUAAAAGUCCGCCAUCAGAAGGAAGUUCUGAAACCUCAUCACAAUCUGAAGAGUCCUACUUCUGUGGCAUUUCAGCGUGCAGAGGUUUGUGCAAUGGGCAAAUCCAAAAGACAAAAGCGGAGAAGAGAUCUCUUAAGCGAAGACGUUCUAAAGCCCCAGAGCAGCAGAAACUUAUAAAAACAAUACAGACUAAGACGGGGUCCUUGCCAAGCCUGCACGAUAUCAUCAAAGGAAACAAAGAUAUAACUGUGGGAACAUUUGGUGUCACAGCUGUUUCUGGUCACCUUUAAAUUUUAUUGAAGACUUCAUAGUGGAAGUUUUUGUAUGACAAAUUCUGUUGUAGUAGGGUGAUAGGCUAAAAAAGUACUGAGGCACAUCUAAAUAUUUUGAUUUUUUAAAAAAAAAACAAAUAAUAUUUUGUCAACAAUUUUUUACAGCUGCUUUUUUUACAUCAUAUCAAUUUUCCCAACCAUGUUCUAUACAAUUCCCAUUAUCCCCUGCCAGCAUGCCUAAUACUUGCUGACUAGGAAUUAUAAGAAUUCCAAAGUAUCCAGGGGGCAGCUGAUUGUGGAAGGUUAUUCAGUAAUUUGAGGUUGGAUGAAGACUGGGACAUGGGGACUAUUUUUACACUUUUUGUGUAAAUGUGUAUGUGUUUUUUCAUUUGACUUAAUUUUUAUCAUAUAGCUGAAAUGAGAGUACACCAGAGUGAAUAAUAAAGACGGUCUUUGGGGGGAGUUUCAAGAUUAUGUUGUCUAAGUUAACUUAUUGAGCACUUUCAGUAGUGCCUCCUUGUUUUCUUAAAAGAGCUAAUGUCUUUUCUAAAUUUCAUAUGUAAUGUGACUUAUUUAAAAAGUCUAUGUUUUGCAGCUUUCAUGUUAGUUUUAUAGUGAUAUACUUAGUCUACACAGCUAAUGAGAUGGACUUAUUAAAAGAAUAUGAAUUGUGAAGUGGGCCUAAAUCACAAUGAGAGUCAGAAGGGUUAGACUGUUUGUGUGAAUCAUAAAAAAUUGCGACACUAGGAUCUGUAAUAAAAACAGAUUUAUGGUGUCAAUAGAAACUGUGAAUUACAAAAUAAAUCUGAACAUUUGUAUUUAAA